UUUCCUCAGACGAGGGAAGAGAUGUGCCUGCUCUUUUUAAGUUACGAAAUUUCCCACCAAAGUCUCUGUCACCAGAAUGAGCAGCGGCAGGAGUAUCUUCUUUCUAAGAAAUGCAAGCAGCAGCAGCAGCAGCAGCAACGGACGUUUCUCAUUCCAUGGUGGACUCUUUUCUCAUCGCUCCCUUCUCUCUCCUCCAACCUCAGCUCCGAUUCUCACAAAGCAACUUUCAAGGGCUUAUGUUCGCUCCCAUCUUCGCUUUAAAAAACACAUCGAAUCGGAACUCCCUCCUUCCGUUUCUCCGAAGAAGAUCGGACUCGUAGGCUGGUAUUUGGGGAUGAUCGAGGCCCGCCCCGUUCUCACGAAGGGCGUCACUGCUGGGAUUAUUUUCACCGGUGCCGAUGUCUCUUCUCAGAUGAUUACGCUUACAUCUUCAGAUUCCUAUGACCCGAUAAGGACAUUGCGUAUGGCUGGAUAUGGAAUGCUAAUUUCAGGACCAUCAUUGCAUUUAUGGUUCAAUUUUGUCUCAAGAAUUCUACCAAAGCGGGAUUUACUUAGUACUUUGAAGAAAAUGUUUAUGGGUCAAACUGUCUAUGGCCCUCUUAUCAAUGCUACUUUCUUCUCCGUGAAUGCUGUAUUACAAGGUGAAAAUGGUGCUGAGAUUGUUGCCAGGUUGAAGCGAGACAUGAUUCCGACGACAUUAAAUGGCCUCGUGUACUGGCCCAUUUGCGAUUUCAUCACUUUCAAAUUCAUUCCCGUCCGUCUGCAGCCGUUGGUAAGCAAUUCAUUUUCAUUCAUUUGGUCCAUUUACAUCACAUACAUGGCGAGCUUAAAGAAAGUUAGCAUGGAUAAGAUUCCAACUGAUUGAACGCACAACCAUUUCCGAUUGUUUUGCCGUCUUCUGAUGUUGGAACUGUUUACCACCUGCCGCUGAUUUGGUAUCGCAUGGAAUUGCAAUCCGAUGUCCUUUCAGUUCUCUUUGCAAGAUUUCCUGCUGAGCAUGGUCUAAACAGUGGAAAGCAGCGGAAAGCAUGAAUCAGCAAAGAGCGGUAGUAUAGUUGUUUCCUUCUGUUUCUUGCUCUCUGAGCAAAUAAAAAAUACAUGCCAUGAAUUUUCAUGGAAAUCAUUUGGUUCAUGCUUUGGUGCAAAUUGCUGUAAAAAGAUGUUCUGACAGUUGCAAAAUAUACCAGAUGUGAAAAAUCUUUAUAUAGUUCUCAAGGAGCCAAUUCGACUUC